AUGUCGACCACAGUAGACAAGAUCAAAGAGAUCGAGUCCGAAAUGGCUCGGACUCAAAAGAAUAAGGCGACGUCGUAUCACUUGGGACAGCUCAAGGCCAAGUUGGCUAAGCUGAAGAGGGAACUUCUGACCCCAAGUGGCGGAGGCGGCGGCGGCGGUGCUGGUUUCGAUGUUGCCAGGACUGGAGUGGCCAGUAUCGGCUUCAUUGGCUUUCCCUCUGUUGGCAAGAGUACUCUCAUGAGCCGAUUGACCGGCCAACAUUCAGAGGCUGCAGCUUACGAAUUCACAACCCUGACAUCCGUUCCAGGUCAGGUUGUCUAUAACGGUGCGCCCCUACAAAUUAUCGACUUGCCAGGUAUUAUCGAGGGCGCGAAGGAUGGCCGUGGACGAGGAAGACAGGUUAUUGCAGUGGCUAAAACCUGCCAUCUGAUUUUCAUCGUCCUCGAUGUGAACAAGCCUUUGACAGACAAGCGGGUUAUUGAGGCUGAAUUGGAAGGCUUUGGUAUUCGGAUCAACAAAUCGCCCCCAAACAUCACCUUCAAGAAGAAGGACAAGGGUGGUCUGAACAUCACGUCAACAGUGCCAUUAAGUCACAUCGACCACGACGAGAUCAAAGCUGUCAUGAGCGAAUACAGAAUUAAUUCAGCAGACAUCACCAUUCGAUGCGAUGCCACUGUUGAUGACUUGAUUGAUGUCUUGGAGGCAAGGAGCCGAAGCUAUAUCCCCGUGGUUUAUUGCCUUAAUAAAAUCGACGCCAUCAGCAUAGAGGAGCUGGAUCUUUUGUACCGGAUUCCUCAUGCUGUUCCGAUCAGCUCAGAGCAUGGUUGGAACGUCGAUGAGCUGAUGGAGGCCAUGUGGGAAAAGUUGAGCUUGAAACGAGUUUACACAAAGCCCAAAGGAAAGCAGCCUGACUAUUCUGCCCCGGUCGUGUUGAGAGCAAACCGGUGCACUGUGGAGGAUUUCUGUAACGCCAUCCACCGAACGAUUGUAGAGCAAUUUAAGACGGCUAUUGUGUACGGCAAAUCCGUCAAGCACCAACCGCAGAGGGUAGGCCUGGGUCACGAAUUGGAGGAUGAGGAUGUUGUUACUAUUGUCAAGCGAUAA